GCGCAAUGGCAAGACACAUUGGUGCCUCGCUCCUCCAAUCGAAGUAUCAAAUCGGGGCUAUGGGCUGUUGAGCAUAUAGAAUCUGAUGUGUACCUCUUGAAGCUUUUUUCAAUUGUGGGCGCGAGAAAUAAGUAAAGUAGCGCACAGAACUGAAACCCCUCGUUGCUCGUUUCUUUUUGCUGGUGAUGAGAGCAAGCCUCAGCGGUUAUUAGAAGCGAAUGAAAUCGGCUAGAGGAAAAAAAAGAAAGUGCUUCGCCAAUUGAGUGAGAAAAAGUGCUGGGCCUUUGAAACCUGUCCCAAAGAAAAAACGCACCGCCAGACGCGGAAAUCGCUGGAUUAGCGCAUAUAGCACCAAUGACGACAUGGCUUCCCCCCCUUUGAAGGGCUCUUCCUCCUCAUUAGCAUUUUUCAACAUUUUAACUUCAUAAUGUCGCGCGUUCAGCUCCGCACGCGCGCCGAAGACGGACUGCAUGAUAUUGGCGGGCUCAGCACAUCCUCGACGUUCCUCGAGCUCAAGCAGCGCAUAUCGGCGGCGACGUCCAUCCCGGUCGGGAACCUGCAGAUAAAGUGCGGGUACCCGCCGGUCCCCCUGACGCUCAGGGACGACACACUGCUGCGCGACACCCCCAUUGCCACUGGCGACACUCUGACAGUGGCCAGGAUUGAAGAACAAACACCAGCCACGCACAGUUCCCAGGCCGACAGCUCCGUGGCAGUCGGCGAAGGCUACCUAGUCCGGCGCACUGUCCCCGGCGACAACAACUGCCUGUUCCGUGCCCUAGCACACACGCUCGGCAAGCCUGACAUAACCAUGGAGCGCAUGCGGCAUAUUGUGGUAGACCGGAUCCUCGAGAACCCAGCAGUGUAUUCGGACGCAGUGCUUGGGCAGCCGGCCGAGCAGUACUGCCAGUGGAUUGCCAAUGCCGAGAGCUGGGGCGGCGGCAUCGAGCUGGCGAUAUUCAGCGACGAGUUUGAGGUCGAGGUGUGCUCGGUCGAUAUCCAGACAAGGAGGAUCGACAGGUUUGGCGAAGACAGGCAUGCGUCAAGGGUCAUUCUGCUGUACAGCGGCGUGCACUACGACUACGUGGCCUUCACAUACGACACAGACAGCCCCGCCGACUUUGACCUGACCAUGUUCAAUGUCAGCGACACUGUGGAUGAUGUCCUGGCGGCAGCCCGGGAGCUGGCCGACAAGCUCCGCAUCAAGCACGAGUACACAGACAAGGCGCAGUUUAUGCUGCGGUGUGCCGACUGCAACGCAAUCCUGCACGGCGAGGGCGAAGCGCAGGCGCACUUUAGCUCCACCGGCCACGUCAACUUUGCCGAGGUCGCGUAGCUUUCAAUACACAAAAAUUCCUGGUUGG